AUGCUUGCUUCGCCAAAGAGCAUUCAUUCUCCGCUCAAGACCAUUCUGUUUUCAAACCUUUUGGGUAGGCCAUACUCAAGCUUCAAGGUUCCUGAAAUUGUGGAGAGGGAUUUUGAGAAGAGCUGGAGACAGAUGGAUUUGGUUGGAAAGUACGAUAUCCAGCAACGCCAUGCAGAGCUCUCAAAAAUGGACUGGAAUACACUCACUCUGGCCACGAAGAAAUCAAGUGUGUACACUUCGGCUUAUGAUUUACCCCCAAAAGAGCAUCCGACCUUUAGUAGAGAUGUCACCAUCGGGGUUGCAGCGGUUAUGUUGCUAGCCUAUGGCCUGCAUAGCUUCUUCAAGUGGGUUGGAGGGCCGCCUCCACAUACGGCGUCCCCUGAAUGGUACGAACAUACAAAAGCCUUAAUGCGCAAACAAAACGCCUCUCCAAUUAGAAAGCACUUUGACGAUUAA